AUGCGCGUGCAGCGGAAACCUUUCCGUUACUUCCGGGUUUGCCACGUGCGUAGCCCGAAGGAUACGUAUCCAGAGGUGGCCCUGGAAGGAGUACGAGAGGAAGAGGAGCACAAGGCGGCAGCAGCGGAAGAAGAGAUGACAACCGCAAGUCGCCAGGAAUCAGAAGGGAAAUCAAGCCCACCGGCUGAAGCAGCCGUGCUGAGUGACAAUGCCUCAGAGAGACCAGAUACUUCCAGUGAAGCCCAGACCACAGAGAGCGAUGAAGUGGUGGUGCAAUCAUCUGGACUCCAGGAGUCUCUGGGACCGCCUUCAGACAGGAUCCGCGUGGAGGUCAUCUCCCUGAGCCUGCACCCGGACAGCCCACCCAUUGCUGACGAGAACAUCCAGCAGCUGUACGUGAGUAUCGGCCUUCCCUGGCCUGCUGCUGGAGGAAACAGAGACCUCCCCUUCUCUUUGCGGAAGCCCCAAGGAAACCAGGAAAUCUACUUCCACUUCAGCAAAGUGAGGAUGCGGAAGGAAACCGUGAUUCUAGGGAAAGAAAAACUCAUAACUUUGAUCAAAGUGGACCCAGACCCAGAGAGCCUUCAGAGGCAGCUGCUCUUUUCUAUGUUGGAGGCAGAAGAGCCCCAGCAUAACUGGCUGCAAUUUGCAGUGGUGAGCGAACCGCUGCCAGGGACCGGAGGAGAAUGCGAAGACGUCGGCUUUGCCUACCUGGACUUGCGGGAGAUCCUUCUGACAGGUAGCGAUAUGCUGGAGCGAGAACUUGACGUUAUCAGUCCUUUUGAUCCUGACGCCAACAUUGGGAAGCUGAAAGUGUCCAUGGAAGCAGCUUCUGCCCUGAGAGCCAUUUACUGGGCAGGCAAAAGGAAGAGCAGUGAGGAAUGACAAGCUGAACGGGUGAAGACGACAGAAACUUAACAGGAUUCCAUGACCAAAAAGAUGCUUUGGGGCGUUUGACACAAAAGACAAGGACGAAGCCAACGAAUAAACUUUCCAAAUAC